ACGUCACCUCCAAGACUCUGGAGGCCCACAACAGCAGCUUGGUGUCGACAGUCCAGCAGGGGGCGCCUCGUCUCGGAUACCUGGGAACCACAGCGAGCUCGAGGGCCAAACUGAGCCAGGAGUCACCCACCUCCACCCAGGAUGAGGAGGAGAAGGAGAACCUCUCCUCCUCCUCAGAGCUUCAGCUUCCUGCUGGUCUGGAACUCCACAGCACCAAAACUGACCCCCAUCAGGACCAAACCAGCCGCAUUUCUCCGUUGUCCCAGAAGUCUUUGCACCACCUACCUGUGGCGAGCCCGCAGGUGUCGGCCACGCCCACUGAGGUGAUGUCGCUGGGUGAAGGCGGGAGGUGGAGCGUCAGCAGCGUCGAGGAGACGAAUCAAACCCUCGUCCAAAGCCCCGCCCUCUCCAUCACCCCCACAUGCACGCCCCCCAUCUGUGACACCAUCAGCUGCCUCGCCUCGAGGUGCGAGGAGUCUUCAGGAGGAUCUGAGACCAGAAUCCAGACUGAUCCGGCAUCAGACCCGUCCUCCUCUGACCUGCCCACCUCCUCUUCCUCUCCUCUGUCAGAAACACUGCGCCUCCCUCAGACAGGUGAUGAAGAGUCGGUCAGUCUGCUGCAGAGUCAGCAGGUCGCCAACGAGCUGAGACAGACGGCGAGACGAGCCGUACACCUCUACCAACAGCUCAGCGUUUCAGUCGACAGUUCAGAGCAGCGCCUGCAGACGUCGUUGGUCCUGCGGGAGGCGUUUGAUGCCGUUGCCUCUGAGCUGCAGGCGGUGCUGCAGGCCGGAGGCGGGCGGGGCAGCAGCGCCCCCUCUGGUCCACUGCAGGACGUCAGGACGAUGUCUCUGCUGGAGAGAUACUCUGAGCAGCUGGUUCAGAUGACCCAGAACAAACUGAACCGAAUCUGAACCAGGGCCAGUGACUCUGCUGUGGGUACGGAGGCUGAGGGGGGACAAAACUCUCUUUAACAGCAGCUUCAGUGACUCUGAGCUGACUUUAUAAACAUCAGUAUUAGCUUUAAACGCACCUUAUGUUUGUUUUUAUGGCAACAAAAUGUUUUAUAUGUUUUAUCACUGUUUGUACAUAAACUUAUGUUUAUUAAUAAAUGUUUAUAGAGGUGAA